UUUCUUAGCGUUGCAAUACCGUUUCACCGGCAGUCAGCUGUUUACGCUCAUGUUUUUGGCGCUUUGCUUGCGGCCUUCGUUUCUUCUGAUUUACUUAGAUUUCUUAAUGAAAAUGAAAGCUUUAGCGGUUGAAUGGCGGUGGAAUUAGCAACUUUAACAGACAGUUUCCUCCCUGAAGUAGUGGAUCUCAUCUUCAAGAACUACCAAGACAAAUCCCACAGUUGCGGCCUCUCGAAAGAGGACCGAAAGCAGUUGUUCUACCACCUAUCGCAAUUGCUGGGAGCAGAGCUGGUGGAGCGAUCCUUGCACCUGCUGGACAGAUAUAGCUUCAUCUACUACUAUUCCAAAAACAAUCGAAAACAGUGCGUUGCGGAACUCCACAAAGGAACGCUUUAUUACCGAGUGAUCCCAGGGAAUAACUACUGCAAGUGCGACUUCUUCCAAAGCCAUGUCCUGCAGCUGCCCAGCGGAGUGCUGUACCACGACCUGCCAAGGGACAUAACCACCACACUGGACGGCUGGAGCGACGCCAGCAGGGUUUCGUACACCUGCCCGCACGUUUUGGCCCUUAAGCUGCAUCAAUUGCUGCAGCAUCCUGCGGAACAGGCAGUCGCUGAUGAAGAGUUUAGGGCCCUGCGCAGCUCCAUCUACCUAGACUAGAAUGGAGGACCAUUUGGAGGACUACAAAUUUGUAAGUCGCUUGGAUCACGUGAAGACCUUCAACGCCGCCAUCAAAUCAAUAUGCUUUAACGAUUAUGCCAUGCUUCAAGUCUCCGACGAGGGACUGCGCAUCACAGUGGAGCAGGGCAGGUCGAUCCAAGCCACUCUCUUUAUGCCCCCAGCUGCCUUCACGGAGUUCCAUGUGCAGGACUUUCAGAGCUUUGGCCUGAAAAUGAACGCCCUCUCGGAGUGUCUGAACCUAUUUGGGACGGCCGAUUGCAGCGUCCGGAUGCUGUACAAGGACCAGGGCGACCCCCUGAAGAUAAUUCUGUACCCGUACGACGACGAAGAUGUGAGCACAGAGUGCGCCAUCAAGACCAUGGACUCCGAGGAGCCCAUCGAGUACGAUUUGAACCUAAAAGACUCGGACCUGAACACGAUUUUCGUGCGCGGUCCAAACUUGUCCAAGAUCUUCCAUGAACUGGAGAAGUCGGCGGAGGAAUUCGAGUUCAUCACUUCGCCCGAUCGGCCGCACUUCAAAAUUACCACCAUCGGCAUCAUGCAGGCGGUGUUCAGCGUUGAGGUGGCCAAAACCAGCCCCAUGAUGAUGAUGUUCAACUGCCCCCAGACUUUGGUGGCCCGAUACAAGAGCCAGCAGAUACGGCUCACGAACAAGGCCAUGCAGGCGGCCACAAAGGUGUCCAUCAAAACGAAUACCCUCGGCCUACUGGAGCUGCAUCUCGUGAUGCAGGGAGAGGGUCAGGAGGAAAUCUUUGUGCAGUUUUAUGUCGUGCCCUUGCUUAAUGGUAUCGACUAGAAUCGAUGAGCAGGAUAUGUAUACCUCUUCUAGGGUGUUCCUAAUACCCAAACCUCCUUGAAAACAACAGUUUAUUAUGUCAGAGGUCGAAAUGCCACUCAGGAAUAGCAUACACUUAUAAUUAAGCUCAUUUUCAUAUUUAUUCAUAGCUUAAGAUGUCCUUUAAGAGUAUUCUUUGAACAUUUUCUGUUCUACUCGUACUAUUACAUAAAAUAUAUUGGAAUUAUUGGCG